UGGCAUGUGACGAACGUCCAAACCCACAAACCAUUACACAACAACAAUCUAAAUCCAAAUUUUGAGGGCUUGAUUUAGAUUAGACAGAUAGCGGGAAUCUCCAUCACGCAAAGUAGAAAAAUGUCUGUGGCAGCUUCAAUUCCAUGCAUCAAAAUCUCUCCUUGUUCUUCUUCCUCACCCUCUUCUUGCACGUCUUCAUCAACUUCGUCUUUUUCUCUCAGGUUUUCUUCUUCCAAGCCUUGUUGUGUCACUAUAAGGAGUUCUCAGACACAAGAUCCUCUCAGAAGACCAGCGGCUCAACCCCUGAAACCCAUUCCUCCUACACCUCCUUCUCCGCCGUCGCCUUCUCCCCUGUCAACCACCGUGACUCCACCGCCGAAGGCAGCUGCUAUUGUUGGGAAUGACAGGAAUGUUAUUACAUUGGAGUUUCAGAGGCAAAAGGCGAAGGAGCUGCAGGAAUACUUCAAGCAGAAGAAGCUUGAAGAAACGGACCGAGGCCCUGUGUUUGGUUUCAUAGGGAAGAAUGAGAUUAGCAAUGGAAGAGGAUUGCCCAUGGAGAGUUUGACAGGAGGUCAAGUGAAGUGUCAUGAAGUGGAGCUGCCAAGGACAUCAACUCUCAAAUGAGGUGGCAUUAUCAUGAGUCUCACACUAAGAAGCCUUACAAGUAAAAUGGGCCAUGUUUGGUUUUGCUGUUGGAAUGCUGACAGAGUAUGCAACAGGCUCAGACUUUGUUGGUCAAGUAAAGAUCCUUCUGUCAAAUUUUGGGAUUAUAGAUUUGGAAUGAAGUAAAUUUGUUACCUAGACUCGGUUUACAAAAGAUAGGUAGACCAAGAUGAUCAUAAAGAGAACCAAAGCAUGCCGUGAAUACUUUGAAGUGGGGUAUGUUAUGAUUGGUUUGGUCUACAAAUCUUAUGUAAAUCUUCUGUAUCUGAUACUUUAUUUGGAAUGAAUACUUUUAAUAGUAAAUGCUGUCCAUAUAGUUCAAGUUCCCAUCCUUUCUGUAAAGAAUGCCAUGCUGACUGAUUUGUUUCAUCCUUACUCGUUGCAAGAAGCUUUCUUCUCUUA